AUGGGCAAGGCAAACAAAAAUGGUCUAGUUCCUGUUGGCUCAGCUACAAAUUUAAGACCAAAAUUAAAGAAUGCUAAUGAAUCUAGAAGAAUCUUUAGUGUAGAUGAUGACAUAGACGAAUUCCAAUACGAUCAAGAUGCUAUAAACAAGAAUGUUGGCUCUACUGAAAACGUUAACAAUGUCAACAUUGUCAAUUUGCAAAACACAAUGAGUAAUGGUCUAUUGCAUACAAAGGAAAGCAAUUUAUCAGUUAAACAUACCAAUAGUGAAACAUUAUUCAACUCAGUUUUUAAAAACCACGACGAUAACAAUAAUAUUAAUAAUAAUAACUUAAUAGAUGCAAUUAACGGAAGAGCAAGCAAAAACUUGACAAACGCCAUCAGCAAUGAUUAUACUGACUCUUUCAAUUCGGAGAAUCCAUCCGGAAACGUUGAGUCAACAACCAUCGAGGAUGCUAAUAAUGAUAAUAAUGAUAUUACUGGAUUGUACGAUGACCGUGAAUCAACGUCUUCAAACUCAACAACUAAUUCUAUAGAGUCAUACACUUUACGUGAAAGACAAGACGCAAUUAAUAAAACUCAUCCAUUUGGUAUCAGAAUAUGGAAACCUGCGUUAUACAAGAAAUCAAGGUCGGUGCAAAGAACUGCUGAUGAAGAUAUUCAUGAAAUUAAAUUGAAAAAACCUUUAACCUGGUAUAUACACCUGGUUAAUAUCAUUUACACAAUAACAUUCGGAGUAUUACUUUUCAUGUUAUGCAAUAUCUUAAGUAUUACGAGUUUAUCUCUAGGCAUUUUUACAAAAUCUGCAAGGGAUUAUUCAGAAUUUUUGUUUAAGUUGUCAUUAUAUUUAUUUUAUCCCUUUGGGAAAAUUGUUUAUCUAACUCAGGAUGACCGUUACCUAAAGGAAGAUAACAAUGAAGGUAUAAGUUUCCAGCAAUUCUACACAUGGAUCUCAUCUUAUAGUAGAAUCUUUUCGUCACAACAUAAUGAUGAAUUUCCACCAAACAGCAGUGCUGAAAAUAAUUUAAAUACUCCACAAGUUUCAACAGGUAGUACAAGACAAAGAGAUUCUUACCAAUCACUAAAAGAAAUAGAUCCAUUAAACCAAAUUUCAUACGGUUCUAUUCAACAGUAUAUUUCAGAUCAACAAAAUCUGAAUAGUGGUAACAAUAGUAAGAACAGCAAAAUAAUAUCUUCAUUGUCAAGUAGUUCACAACAAGAUGGGGUAGACAGCAAUGCAGAUGAAAAUGAAAAUCAAAACUUGAAUUUGAGCAAUUCAAAUGAUGAUAAUAUUGUCCAAAGGAGAUAUUUUGGUAGAGGUAAAUGGACUUUGGGAAGAUUUAUAUUUUAUACAUUUUUCCAUUUGAUAUUACAGCCAAUAAUUUUGUUGGUUUCUCUUAUAUUGUGGUUGCUUGUAUUUACAAUUCCAAUGAGUAACAUUUUAUGGAAACUGAUGUAUCAUUGUAGAAGACAUCCGUUAGCUUUAGAUUUCAAAAGUGUAAAGAAAACUAUGGCAGAAGAACAACAAAAACUUAACGGGGAAGACUAUUCAAAUAAAAGUGUGCUGUUAUGCAGUUUCCGUUUUGCUGGUUGGCACUAUUAUAAAUAUACGGUCGAUGGUACUAAUAUAAUAGUGAUGAAUCUAAUAUUUAUGGUAUUAUUUACUAUUUUUGAUUUUUUUGUUUUAAAAAGAAUCUGGGGAAUUGAGGCAUGGUUCAGUGACGAAUCUAGUAUAUUUGUAUUCUGUUUGAUAUCUAUCAUUCCCUUGGCAUUUUAUAUUGGACAAGCUGUGGCAUCUAUAUCAGCUCAAACUUCCAUGGGUCUUGGUGCUGCUAUUAACGCAUUUUUCUCCACAGUUGUUGAAAUCUUUUUAUAUUGCGUUGCAUUGAGUCAAAAUAAAGGUCUACUAGUAGAAGGUUCAAUGAUAGGCUCAAUUUUAGGUGCUGUAUUAUUACUUCCAGGGCUAUCAAUGUGCGGCGGAGCUUUAUAUAGGAAAACACAACGUUAUAACCCAGCUAGUGCUGGUGUUUCAUCGGCUCUGUUAAUAUUUUCAAUGAUUGUUAUGUUCAUUCCUACUAUGUUAAAUGAGAUAUACGGCGCAUAUUAUAUAACAUGUAUUGAUGAGGAUAAACCUAAGGAGUUUAGUGUGAAAAAUGUAGUUUUAGCUGUGACAACUGAGAGAUGUUACUUUUCCCAUCCCCCGCUAAAGUUCAAUAAAUUAUACAGAACUGUUCUUCAACCAAUGUCUGUUACAUGUGCUAUCAUAUUAUUUAUGGCAUACAUCAUUGGACUUUGGUUCACCUUAAGAACUCAUGCAAAAAUGAUUUGGCAAUUACCUAUUGCCGAGCCACCAAGAGAAUUCUCAUCAAUGCAACAUGUUGAAUCUGCCACUAGUGGAAUUACAGCUUUACCAGUAGAAGAACAAUCCGGAGGACACGAUGCUCCAAAUUGGUCGAGAUCAAAAUCUACUUGUAUUUUAUUAGGUGCAACUCUAUUGUAUGCCACAAUAGCUGAAAUUCUUGUUGAUUGUGUUGAUUCAAUUUUAGAAGAAUUCCCUGGUUUGAAUCCGAAGUUUUUAGGAUUAACAAUAUUUGCUUUGGUUCCUAAUACAACAGAGUUUUUAAAUGCUAUUUCUUUCGCUAUGUAUGGUAAUGUUGCAUUAUCUAUGGAAAUUGGUUCUGCAUAUGCUUUGCAAGUUUGUUUGUUGCAAAUUCCAGCUUUGGUUAUCUAUUCAAUAUAUACCACCAUCAAUGUUGACCAUGCCACAAUUGUCAUCAGAGAUCAGAUGUUUGCAUUAGUCUUCCCUAGAUGGGAUUUAAUUGGUUCCAUGGCUAGUGUUUUCCUAUUUACAUAUCUUUAUGCCGAAGGUAAAUCUAACUAUUUCAAAGGGUCAAUGUUAAUCCUACUAUACAUUGUAAUCAUCAUUGGAUUUUACUUCCAAGGUGUUAUUAGAAGUGAAGAGUUAAUCAAAAAUUAA